UUUUAAAUUUAACAUGUCAAAACUUGAUGAUUUAUUUGACAAAAAGAAAGAUGAAGCGCCUAUGUUAGACUUGUCUAAAGUUGUAAUAAAUACAGCUGAAGAAUAUCGAGCAGUUCUAGACAAAGUACCGGAUUUUAAAACUAGACCGGAAAAGGUGAGGCCCGAGGAUAUAAAAAUAAAAGAUAAGCCUGAAGACCAAAAAACGAAAACACCAAAAAAGGAAAUAAAAGCAUACGAGAAAUUGGGAACGCGUGGUUAUGAAGAAAAACAAUUUACAUUCAUGGACCCGAUACCAGUGGAGAUGCGUGGGUUGAAAUUUGACGACCUAUGUGCUGUUCCUAUCGAAUGGCGAAUGCUCACGUCUAUAAGACCUAAAUCUAAACUAGAUGAGGAAUAUUUUAACAGAUUAAUAGAGUUAGGAAAAUCUGAAUUGAGAACCAAAGCAAAGGACAAACGAGAAUUCGCUAAAAACAACAUGAUCAGAAAAACCAAAACUCGUUCCGGUGUGACGGAGACACGCAUCGUGUCAUGCUCCGAGUGCGGCGAAGAGUACUGCAAUGGUAAAAUGUGCGCCAUCACCAACUACGACAUGUUCGCACGGCUGAAACUAGAAGUGGCCGCGAAGAGCACUCGCGCGCAGCUGCCGCCCGCGCAGCUGGGCAAGCUCAAGCGCGUGCGGCGCCGCGCGCGACGCAAGCCGCGCAGCAAGAGCGCCGCGCCCGCUUACCACAAGCCCAGCGCCAACAAAGCCGGUGCGAAGAGCGACACUGAACAUUAGAACCAAUUUACUAUGUACCUACAUCCAAAACUCUUCUAUAGCGAUGUUUGCCUAUCAGGCGAUUAAAAUAAAGUUACUGUAUUUUGUAUCACGAAAUCUCGUUAAAUCUGCCGAAAAAAUUUAUGAUAUUAAUAUCUAGUCCGUAGAUAUAAUUAUUUUGCAAUCUCAUUUUGUACUGUUAUGUAUUUACACUAAUAAACUUACA